CAUGAGACGGGCGUGUAGGUAGCUAACCAUGGCGGUGGUGGCUACUGAAACAGGGGGGCCAUCCAUCCCUCAGGCCCCCCGCCAAAAACCACACACCUACCCUGUCACCACCCACGCCGUCGCCACCUUCAGCCCCCGCCACUGCUUCGCCCUCACCACAGGCCGCCUGCUGUGGUGGGCCUCCCUAUUGUUGCUGUGGUUCUGCUGCCUUCACCACGUCCAUUCACAGAAGUGUAUCAAGUUGGCAGAAAGGAACCUUAUCUUACCUCCACCCAGAUAUGUGUACGACAAGCGGGAACAGCGUCAACUGGCCAUUACGCUGGACACUUCCCAGAGGAUCUCCCACCAGCUCACCACCGCUGUUGUCAAGAUAUUGCUGGAGGUGAGUGUUGUUGCCACUCCUCAACUCUUGUGCUAG